CAGUGAUGGGGCAAUGAGGAUGCCAAAGCACGACAAACCUGUGUAGACGUUUUUUCCCCCAUUUCAUCCCUCAUUUUUAAUGAUUGAAUCAGUUUUAACCUUGUUGUGACCAUGUUGCGUGUUGUAGUAGAAUCGGCUAAAGGGCUGCCUAAAAAGAAGCUUGGAAGUCCUGAUCCAAUCACCUCUGUGAUAUUUAAAGAUGAGAAGAAGAAAACAAAAGCAAUUGACAGUGAGCUGAAUCCUGUCUGGAACGAGGUGCUUGAGUUUGACCUGAAGGGCACUGCGCUGGACUCAAGCUCCUACAUAGACGUGGUUGUGAAAGACUAUGAAACUCUUGGGAAAGAUAAAUUCCUUGGGUCAGCCAAAAUCUCUCUGAGAGACCUUGCCGCAGGUCAAAUGAGAUCACUACCAUCCAAAAACGUUCCUUUGGUCAAUGAAAGUGGACAGAGUAUUGGAGCUACAAUCGACCUUGUGAUUGGCUACGACCCUCCAGCCAGCGCUACGCCAAACCUCAAUGACCCUCAAGCCGGAGAUGCCACAGUGGACGCUGGUGGUGGUGGUGAGGAGGAGGAUGAGACUCUACCAGACGGAGGCCAAAGUGGCUCCGCAGGGGCCCCCUCAACCCCUGGUCAGAAGGCUAACCUCCGCAAUCGGCUGGCCAGGGCACAAAAUCGCCGCCGACUAGUCAAUAAACCUCAAGACUUCCAGAUUCGUGUGCGGAUCAUUGAGGCCCGUCAGUUGUCUGGCAACAACGUGAAACCGGUGGUGAAGGUUAAUGUGUGCGGACAGACCCACAGGACGAGGAUCAAGAGGGGAAACAACCCGUUCUUUGACGAGAUUUUCUUCUACAAUGUCCACAUGCUGCCAUCUGAUCUAUUCGACAAACACAUCAGCUUCCGGAUUUAUAAUUCUUAUUCACUGAGGGCUGACAGUCUCAUGGGAGAAUUUAAGCUGGACGUCGGGUAUGUUUAUGAUGAACCAGACCACUCUGUGAUGAGGAAGUGGCUCCUGUUGAAUGACCCAGAUGACUCCAGCUCCGGGGCUAAAGGCUACCUCAAAGUCAGCCUCUUUGUAGUCGGCGCUGGAGAUGAGCCUCCGGUGGAGAAGAGGGAGUCAAAUGACGAUCAGGAUGAUAUAGAGAGUAAUCUGCUGCUGCCGGCUGGUGUGACUCUGCGAUGGGCCACGCUGUCGCUGAAGGUGUUCAGAGCCGAGGACGUCCCCCAGAUGGAUGACGCAUUUGUCCAGACCAUGAAAGAAAUCUUUGGAGGAGAUGAAAACAAGAAGAACCUGGUGGAUCCCUUCUUAGAAGCUCGCUUUGCUGGAAAAAAGCUGUGUACUCAGAUCAUCGAGAAGAAUGCAAACCCAGAGUGGAACCAAGUACUGAACCUCCAAGUAAAGUUCCCCUCCAUGUGUGAGCGUGUCAAACUGACAGUCUUUGAUUGGGAUCGUUUGACAGGAAAUGAUGCUAUUGGCACCACAUACCUGAACCUGGCCAAGAUAGCCUCCUCUGGUGGAGAGAUAGAAGAGGAACAUGCGGGAAAUGGGGAAAUGCCGUCAUAUGAAGCGAACACAGGGCAGUCUGAAGUGGGUUUCCUGCCCGUCUUUGGGCCCUGCUAUGUCAACCUGUACGGCAGCCCCAGAGAGUUCACUGGCCUGCCAGAUCCCUAUGAGGAUCUUAAUUACGGCAAGGGCGAAGGAGUGGCAUACAGGGGCAGGGUCCUGGUCGAGCUGUCCACUAAGCUGGAGGGGAAAGCAGACAAAACAGUGGACAGUAUCCCCAAUGAUGACAUCCUUGUGGUGCAGAAGUACCAGCGGCGGAGGAAGUACAGUCUGUGUGCAGUCUUCCACAGCGCCUCCAUGAUACAGGAACCAGGAGAGCCAAUCCAGUUUGAGGUCAGCAUCGGUAACUACGGCAACAAAUUGGACACCACUUGCAAACCACUGGCCUCAACCACUCAGUAUAGCUGUGCUGUAUUUGAUGGCAAUCACUACUAUUACCUGCCCUGGGCAGACACCAAGCCUGUGGUUGUGGUUCUCUCAUUCUGGGAGGACAUCAGCCACCGCCUGGAUGCUGUCAACAUCAUCCUCCACAUUACCCACCGCCUGGAAUCCAACCUGGAGGAAUUUAAAACUGCCAUCUUGGCUAAAGUCUCGGACAACCAGCUUGUAGAGGUGUGGCUUAAGUUGCUCAAUCAGCUGAUUGAAGACCUAGAGAGUUUCCCAACACCAGAGCUGGAGGGCCGCUCCAACCUGACAUCUCUGGACAUCCAAAUCAAAAAGCUGCGAGACAACGCUUUGGCCACCAUUAAGGACGGAGCCAGACGCAUGAGAGAGGAGGCCAGAGAGAUCCGCGACACCCUGUCUGACUUGGAGUCCUGGGCAGACAAACUUAAUGUGCUGGCUGAGGAGCCCCAGAACAGCAUGCCUGAUGUGAUCAUCUGGAUGUUACGGGGUGAGAAGAGGGUGGCCUACAGUCGCAUCCCAGCUCACCAGGUCCUCUUCUCCACAUACAGCGAGCAGGCCUGUGGUCAGCACUGUGGCAAGACGCAGACUGUGUUUUUACAGUACCCCAUGGACAAGACUAAGGGCCAGAAGGUGCCGGUUCAGAUAAGGGUCAACAUGUGGCUCGGUCUGUCUGCGUAUGAGAAGAAGUUCAACUCCUACUCUGAGGGAACCUUCAGCGUGUUCGCUGAGAUGUAUGAGAACCAGGCCCAGGUGUUUGGAAAGUGGGGGACCACGGGACUAGUGGGGCGCCACAAAUUCUCAGACGUAACGGGCAAACUGAAGCUAAAACAAGAGUACUUCUUGCCUCCGAGAGGAUGGGAAUGGGAAGGUGACUGGUUCAUUGACCCAGAGAAAGCUCUGCUAACAGAAGCAGAUGCAGGACACACUGAAUUCAUGGACGAGGUGUUUCAAAACGAGACUCGCUUUCCCGGUGGAGAGUGGAAGGCUGCCCCUGAGCCCUUCACAGAUGUGAAUGGAGAGAAGAGCCGUAACCCUGGAGAGUUUGAGUGUCCUCCAGGUUGGAUGUGGGAGGACGAGUGGACAGUAGAUGACAACAGAGCCGUCGAUGAUCAAGGCUGGGAGUAUGGAGUUACCAUUCCCCCAGAUGACAAGCCUCGGUCCUGGGUCCCUACGGAGAAGGUGUACCACAUCCACCGCAGGAGGAGGCUGGUCCGACCUCGCAAGAGAGCUGCGCUGCCUGCAGGAGCAGCUAUGGAGAGGCGAGACCAAGGUGACCCUGAGGGCUGGGAAUUCUCCUCUCUGAUUGGCUGGAAGUUCCACAGGAAAGAGCGCUCAUCAGAUACAUUCCGUCGAAGGCGCUGGAGGCGGAAGAUGGCGCCAGAGGACCGGCUUGGAGCAUCUGCCAUCUUCCAGCUGGAGGGGGCGCUGGGUGUUGAUACUGAGGAGAAAGUAAAAGGUUCCAAGGCUGAUGCCAGCAAGCUGUUUGGUGCCAACACACCCACUGUAUCCUGCUCCUUUGAGCGGUCACAUAUGUACCAUCUUCGUGUCUAUGUCUAUCAGGCACAGAACUUGGCCUCUAUGGACAAAGAUAGUUUUUCUGAUCCCUAUGCACACAUCUCCUUCCUGCAUGUAAGUAAGACAACAGAGAAACUGCGGGCAACACUGAACCCAACCUGGGACCAAACUUUGAUCUUCAGUGAUGUUGAGAUUUAUGGAGACCCCCAAAAUAUCACUCAAUGCCCCCCUGAUGUUGUGCUGGAGUUCUUCGACCACGACCAAGUGGGGAAAGAUGAGCUGCUGGGCCGCACUGUUUGCACACCAAUGGUGAAGUUGAAUCCAGGCAUGGAACAGACACCCAAAUUGCUGUGGCACCCCAUCAUUCAGAAAGGUCAAAGGGCUGGAGAGGCACUGGUGGCUGCAGAACUCAUCCUUAAAGACAAGGGGGGUGAGUCAGAGCUUCCCCUGGUUCCCCCAAAGAGAGCAGAGAACCUCUACAUGGUUCCUCAGGGCAUUCGGCCCGUGGUGCAGCUCACUGCUGUGGAGAUUCUCGCAUGGGGCCUGAGGAACAUGAAGCCAUACCAGCUGGCCGCUGUGUCUUCACCCAGCCUGGUGGUGGAGUGCGGGGGGCAGAGGGUUGAGUCAGCCGUCAUCAAGAACAUGAAGAAGAGCCCCAACUUCCCCAGCUCCGUCCUCUUCAUUAAAGUGCUCCUUCCAAAGGAGGAGAUGUACACACCUCCUAUUGUGCUGAAGGUGAUCGACCACCGUCCAUUUGGUAGGAAGCCUGUGGUGGGUCAGUGUACCAUCACCACUCUGGAGCAGUUCAGAUGUGACCCAUACGUCAUCACUGCAGAGGGAGCCAUGUCUUCCAAAAUGGCUCUGAUGAUGGCGUCUCCUUCCAAACAUGUCUCCAUUAACAUGGAGGAGAAGAGACCACUGCUUGAAGCUCAGUUCAUGUACAGCAUGUCAGCUGCUGUCAACAAAAUGGUUUCCCCUACCUCCCACUUUCUUGUAGAGAAGGAAAAGGAGACAGUCGACUGGUGGAGUAAAUUUUAUGCUUCAACUGGAGACCAGUUGAAGUGCGGGCCUUACCUCAAAAAAGGAUAUGACAGCCUCAAAGUGUAUGACUGCGAGCUGGAGGAAGUCCAAGAGUUCAAAGGGCUGACAGAUUUCUGCAACACCUUCAAACUGCAGCGAGGCAAGAAUGAAAAUGGAGAUGAUGACCCCACUGUGGUUGGAGAGCUGAAGGGCUCAUUCAAAGUGUACCCUCUGCCAGACGACCCAGGUGUUGCUCCCCCUCCCCGUCAGUUCAGAGAGCUGCCAGAGAGCGGACCUCAGGAGUGUCUGGUCAGGAUUUAUGUGGUCCGGGCCAUAGACCUGCAGCCCAAAGACAAUAACGGCAGAUGUGAUCCAUACAUAAAGAUUUCACUGGGAAAGAACACCAUUGACGACAGAGACCAUUACUUACCAAACACCACCAACCCUGUUUUUGGAAGGAUGUUUGAGAUGACGUGUUUCCUGCCUCAGGACAAGGACCUGAAAAUCUCCGUCUAUGACUAUGAUCUCCUGAGCCGUGACGAGAAGGUCGGCGAGACCGUGAUUGACCUGGAGAACCGCUUCCUGUCCCGUUACAACUCCUACUGUGGCCUGCCACAAACCUACUGCAUAUCUGGUAUCAACCAGUGGCGGGACCAGCUGAAGCCGUCUGAGAUCCUGGAGAACCUGGCUCGUCUGAAAGGCCUGUCCAAACCCAGGACAGAAGACAACGGCACAUCGCUCACCUUCAAUGGCACACAAUACACACUGGCUCAGUUUGAGAACAACAAGGAAAUUCAUCAGCACCUGGGUCCGGCCCGAGAACGCCUCUGCCUGCACGUGCUUAGAAAACAGGGACUUGUCCCCGAACAUGUGGAGAGCAGGACCCUUUACAGCACCUUCCAGCCCAAUCUCUCUCAGGGAAGGCUUCAGAUGUGGGUGGAUGUUUUCCCCAAAAGCAUCGGCCUCCCUGGACCUCCCUUUGACAUCACACCACGCAAGCCCAAGAAGUAUUUCCUGCGUGCCGUCAUUUGGAACACCACAGACGUGACUUUAGACGAGACCAGCAUCACAGGAGAGCACAUGAGUGACAUCUAUGUCAAAGGCUGGAUGCCAGGGAUGGAGGAGGACAAGCAGAAGACUGAUGUCCACUAUAGGUCUCUGGAUGGAGAUGGCAACUUCAACUGGAGGUUUGUCUUUGAAUUCGAGUACCUGCCUGCUGAACAACUCUGCCUGGUGUCCAAGAAGGAGCGCUUCUGGAGUCUUGACAAAACAGAGUUCAGGAUCCCCCCGAAGCUGAUUGUUCAGAUAUGGGAUAACGACAAAUUCUCAUUGGAUGAUUACCUUGGCACGCUUGAGCUGGAUCUGCGCAACCUUAUCCCUCCUGCGAAGACUCCAGAGAAAUGCUCCUUGAAGAUGAUGGACGAUGUGGAAAUGGGAGCGCCACAGAAGACGGAGAAUGCCAAGUCUCUGUUUGCUCAGCAGUCAGUCCGAGGCUGGUGGCCCUGCUCCAUUGAAAAAGAUGGACAGAGGGCCCUGGGUGGCAAAGUGGAGAUGACACUGGAGAUUGUAGGCGAAGCAAAUGCGGAUGAGCGACCUGCAGGAAAAGGCAGGGACGAACCCAACAUGAACCCAAAACUGGACCCUCCCAAACGCCCAGAAACAUCCUUCUUUUGGUUCACUAACCCAUGUAAGACCAUGAAGUUCAUAGUGUGGAGAAGGUUCAGGUGCCUCUUCAUCGGACUCAUCAUCCUCACCAUAGUGCUGCUCUUCCUCGCCAUCCUGUUGUACUCUUUACCGAACUAUAUCUCAAUGAAGAUAGUGAAACCACUAAAAUAACUACAAUAGAGGAAUGCUGGAAAGGACUAAUUGAAAUGUCUUCAGGAGGAUCACAGUAAUUGCACACAGCUUCUGCUAAACCAUAUCUUUUUUUUCUACUGCCUAUGGUAUUUUAUAAAGGUCUUAAUGGGAAGGGGCGCUUGCACAAUUGCACAAUUUUGUCAUAUUUUAUUAUGAACACUUUGUCUACACUGCAAAACUGUGACACUUAUGAGCAAUACAUUUGUAAUUUGUUUCCAAACCACUGCUUUUAUCACAAACACUGAGGGAUGAGAAUCUAGAAACUCAAGUGCACUUUAAUGCAGUCUGAUACAGUUAUGUGUGCAAUAGAUUCACCGCUUUGGGUUUUUUGAGGCUGUAUUUAGUAACUGUGUUGUUUUGGAGUCCACAUUAUUGUAAGGCUUUUCUACUAUUUGGUAUAUUGUGUGUAACAGGGUGAUUCAACAAAAAAUAAUAAAUAUAAAUAAAAUUACUAUAUAAAAGUUUCACUAAGGUAGUAUUAACUAGAGGACUGUAUGUGAUCGCAUUACUGUGUACAAGGGUUUCUAUUUUUCUGGUCACUUAAAAGUAAUCCUGCCAAAAACAACUAACUUCAGUUACCAACAGUCAUAUCAAGUGUCUGUCUUUUGUAUAUUGCAUUUUUACAGAUAUUUUAAAUUAAAUAUAUUAAAACAUUA